AUGGGGAACGGGGACGAUGAGUACCCCGACGAGGUCGAGGAGCGGCUCAUCAACGAGGAGUACAAGAUCUGGAAGAAGAACACGCCGUUCCUGUAUGACCUGGUCAUCACCCACGCGCUGGAGUGGCCGAGCUUGACGGUGCAAUGGCUGCCGGGGGAGAAGGAGGUGGUGCCAGGCCAGGACUACUCCAAGCAGAAGCUGAUCCUGGGGACCCACACCAGCGACAACGAGCAGAACUACCUCAUGCUGGCUGAGGUCCAGCUGCCGCUGCAGGACUCGGAAGUGGACGCGCGCGGCUAUGACGACGAGCGCGGGGAGGUCGGGGGCUUCGGCAGCGCGCACGGCAAGGUCAACAUUGUGCAGCAGAUCAACCACGACGGCGAGGUCAACCGCGCCAGGGCCAUGCCCCAGGACAAGUUCAAGAUCGCCACCAAAACAGUGUCGGCUGAGGUGUGGGUGUUUGACUGGGCCAAGCACCCGUCCAAGCCGCCGUCGGACGGCGCGUGCAACCCGGACCUGCGGCUGCUCGGGCACCGCACGGAGGGCUACGGCCUCGCGUGGAGCCCCUUCCACAGGGGCCACCUGCUCAGCGGCAGCGACGACGCCCAGAUCUGCAUCUGGGACAUCAACGCCAACACGCGCGGCAACCGGCAAGUGGACGCCAAGGUCAUCUACUCUGAGCACUCUGGCGUGAUCGAGGACGUGGCGUGGCACCAGCACCACGCGGACAUCUUCGGCAGCGUCGGCGACGACAAGCAGCUCGUGCUGUGGGACACUCGGAAGCCCCCCAAGGACGGCGUGAUGGUCGCCGCGGAGGCGCACUCUGCGGAGGUCAAUUGCAUCGCGUUCAACCCCCACAACCCCCACGUGCUGGCCACGGGCUCGGCCGACAAGACCGUGGCGCUCCACGACUGGCGCAACCUCAGCCAGCGGCUGCACGUGUUCGAGUCGCACUCUGAGGAGGUCUUCCAGAUUGGGUGGAGCCCCAAGCACGAGACCAUUCUGUCGUCGUGCGGCGCGGACCGGCGGGUCAUGAUCUGGGACCUCUCGCGCAUAGGGGACGAGCAGUCCGAGGAGGACGCGCAGGAUGGGCCCCCUGAGCUGCUGUUCAUCCACGGCGGCCACACCUCGAAGAUCAGCGACUUCAGCUGGAGCCCCAACGACGACUGGGUGGUGGCCUCUGUGGCAGAGGACAACAUUCUGCAGGUGUGGCAGAUGGCCGAGAACUUGAUUGACGCGUGA